AUGUUUUUGGAAUAUAAAUAUGGAACUUUUCAAACUUUAAGUGAUGAUGAGAAGAGAGUAAGAUCAUUAAAAAUUAAAAAGAAAAUUUUGGAUUUAUAUGUAGUGGUAGUUCAUCAAUUAAAAUUCUCAGAAUUAGAUAAUAAAUUUGAAAAAUACGAAAAAAUUAAAAAAGAACGCAACAAAGUAAAGUCAAAUUCUGAUUCAAACUCAAAAUGGUUUAAGAAUUGUUUGAAAAAUAAUCCAGGAUUAUCUAAAGAUGAUUUCCCAAUAGUUGAGAAAUUAAUGGAAAUGAAUAAUUAUUAUGAUUUAAAGGGUUAUAAUAUUAAUAGAAGUGCUGAGAUAACAUAUAAAAAAGAAUUAUCUGACAGUGACAAAGAUUUUGAAGAGAUAAAAAAAGGUUUAAUAUUGAUUUAA